GCUGUGAACUCUGAGAGUCUGAGAGAGGACAGUUUCCUGCGAGCUGCUGUGGAGUUAUCAGAAAGAGGAGAAUGGACAGACUGAACGGACAGGACAUACCUCUGAAUAAACUGAGUGAUAUAGAGGAGCUGAAUCUUGACUUUCUUCCUAUCCUAUCCUCUCUACAUUCGCAGGCACUCAAAACCCCCUCUGGAAAAUUGAAUCGCCCCAUCAACAUAAAUCACUAUGCCACUAAAAAGAGUGCGGCCCAGAGCAUGCUGGACGUUGCCUUGCUGAUGGCCAACUCGUCCCAGAUGAAGACCGUUCUCUACGUGGGGCCUCAGUACCGUUUCUACAUCCCCCUCAUGGUCCUGCUGUCUCUGUCCAUCACGUUACAGGUCAUAGUGGGGCUGCUGCUCGUCUUUAUUGCAGUGAAGUACGAUCUGAACGACACAAGGAAACACGCCAAGUUGAACACGAUGAACAACGCAGCAACUGUCUUUGUCUUCUUCACAGUGCUCAUCAACAUCUUCAUCACAGCGCUUGGCUUUGAGGGCCACGCUGUCAGGUCAGCAACAAAGGUGGUGGCAAUCCAAGAGCCUCAGAUCCUACCUCUGCCCCUGGACGUUAACAUGACUGGUGUCAUAUAGACCAAAAAUAAUACAUCUCCUUGUUCACAUUAUCUCAAAGCCUUGAAAUCUUAAGGGUUGUGGUGGGACGGCUGCCUUCUUGUAACUUCUGUUUGAUUUCCUUCAUCAAAUUAUGGCUUGUUUCAGCACAGGUUCACCAGCUGGAACAAACCUUUAAUUCCUGAAUGGAUUUAAUGAAUCUAUCAUCACAUUAGUGCACGUGAGAGGCUUCUGUGGAUCCAGUCGGAGGCUGAUAUAGCCCAAGGAUCACCAAAUAAAUCCUCAUCCUCAGUGACCAUCAACCACAUCUUCAACUCAGGAUCACAGCUGUUGAAUUCAACUCAACCAAAGAUUAACAACCAAAAACCUCAGUUUGAACUGAUAACCACUGGUUCAUCUUCCGUUGAGACUCAACAGACUCUGGAUCUUGUAAAUAUAACAGUGUUUCUGUACAAAUGUUAGAUUGGUAGAAUUAAAGUUGCAUGUAAAUUUUCCACAUUAA